ACAUGACAUAUCGAUCAGUCUUUCAGAAUUUUGACAGUUCCCAAACAACACUUUCAAGAUGUUGAUGCCGAAAAAAAACAGGGUGGCGAUUUACGAAUAUCUAUUCAAGGAAGGCGUCAUGGUAGCCAAAAAGGACUACCACGCACCCAAACACCCCGAUUUGGGCGAAACCAUUCCCAACCUACAGGUAAUCAAAGCCCUGCAAUCCUUAAAAUCCAAAGGAUACGUUAAGGAACAAUUCGCCUGGAGGCAUUACUACUGGUACCUGACCAAUUCGGGCAUCGAGUACCUCAGGACGUUCUUGCACUUGCCCCCCGAGAUCGUGCCUUCGACUCUGAAGCGACCGGCCAGGACGGAGACCAGCAGGCCGAGACCGGCGGCGCUCCGGACCGAGGCCUCGAAGCCCUCCGAGGACAGGACCGGUUACAGGAGGAACCCCGGUGGCCCGGGCAACGACAAAAAGGCGGACGUGGGGCCCGGCACCGGCGACGUGGAGUUCAGGCAAGGUUUCGGACGAGGCAGGGCUCCUCAGUAAAUUUUUUUGAUGUAUGUUUCGGUACCGGUCGAGCGGGUAUCGAGAUGUUAUUGUAAGUUCUUUAUAAAAUUAAACUUAAAAUAACGAAGUU